UAUCUACCGAAAAUAUUCAGAUGCAAUCCAAAAGCGUGCACUGUACACUAUCUCCAUUAAAGCUUACCAUAAUUUCUCUUUACAUCUCGAUCUUCCUCUCUUCACCUUUUGCUUCUUUUUCUCUUGUUUUUUCUUCAACUUAGCCAGCAAAAAAGAUGGGAGUGUCUGCUACGUUCGAGAUCCAGUCUUUCACCUCGCUCUCCUCUUCCUCAAGAAACGGAACCAAGCUACUCCUUCUCCCACUCAUUCUUCUUCUCAUCCUCGCGGUCAUCUAGUCUCCCAUGCGUCGUGUAUUUCAGUCCUUUAUAUUUCAAGUUUUGCAGCCUUUAUGGUCAGGGAGCAGUCGGGGAUCGGUUGAACUUCUUUGAUUCGUCUGCUUGCGGGGUGGAAAUUGGCGAAAGAUAGAACUUUGGCAACUUGGUUCGUUUUAUUUCAUCGUAUAAUAAAUAAGAUCCGCUCUCUCGAGGUAUUUUGGCUUCUCAAGAGGGUUGUGAACUUUUUCUGGAGUUCAUCAGGAAUUUUCGCUUGGUCACCUUCCUAUUUUUUUUUACCUUGGAGGACACCGAGGGUUUUUUCUCUUUACCGAUUAGUGAAGUUUACGCUGACAGUUCCUCUUCAAGUGUUCAGUUCGUGUUUGAUAUAGGUCUCUUCGUUUUUAGUGAAGGAGAGUUUGCAUAGUCGGAGGAACUGCUGGGUUCGUUUUAUGAUUGGGAGCGGUCCUCCUGCUUGUGGGAAUAGUUCUUUGCCCGUUGCUUGACCUCUUGGCGAAAGUGAGUGCUUGGAUUUGGGAGUCCUCUGUUUGUCCGGUCUGCAAGACUUGGAUGUCGAACUUGGGUGAUCGAGCCAGUUGCCAUGAAUGCCGUUUGUUUCCGGCUAGCCACCGCUCUCACAGUUGUGGCAACUUGUUAUCAGAGCCACAGGACUAUGAGGAGAGACUGCAGCUCCAUGAUUCCGUACUUAAGUCUCUUGCCUCACCUACAAGAGGAUUUGGCCAUAACAGGCUUGCCCAUCCGGCUGACCUGCAGCAGUUAUCUUCUUCAACUCAUCUCAGAUGCUCCACUUAUAGGAGUGAUGAUGAAGAGGAUGGGGAUGACAGCGGGAAGCGUUUUGUUAGUCCCAAUAGUGAGUUCUCUCAGGACAUUUCUGAUGUAGAUUCCAUUAGUAUUAGUUGUAGUCAAGAGUUAUGUAGCUUCAAGUCUGUGAAUUCUAGUCCUUGGGAUAGUCCUAGUAGACCUGAUGAUAAUGGUGAUAGCCCUGGGUCUAAGGUUAUCAAUUUAAGUCAAGAAGAGCCAGUUUACUCCAGGAAAAUUGGGACUGAAAUUGAGGAAAGUUACUAUGCGGAUGAUAAUCUUUCGCCAUACCGUUGUCAUGUUAACCAGGGGGAUCAACAAACAUUCGAUUUUGAAAAUAAUGCGCGUAUUUGGUAUCCUCCCCCUCCUGAAGAUGAGAAUGAUGACGUGGAAAAUGGUUUUUUUGAAUAUAAUGAUGAGGAUGAUGAUGUUGAAGGCUCAACUGUGGAUUUUUUGUCAAAUAGCUUUGCUGGUGAUGCUUUUCCAACCAGAGAGAAGUUCAAUGAUCCCAAUAAAGAGCAUUUAGGAAAUGCUGUACGUAGGCAUUUCACAGCGUUGGUGUUGCAGUUACUUAAAGAUGAAAAGAUUCAGGUUAGCAAUGCAAGUGGUACAGGGAGUUGGUUGGAGAUUAUUUCUUCUUUGGCAUGGCAGGCUGCAAGAUUUGUUAAACCAGACACUAGUAAAGGUGGAAGCAUGGAUCCUGGUCAUUAUGUGAAGGUGAAGUGUGUAUCAUCUGGAACUCCCUAUGAUAGCUCUCUUAUUAAGGGGAUAGUUUGUACAAAAAAUGUGAAACACAAGCGCAUGGUUUCACAACACAAAAAUCCAAGGAUUUUGCUUUUGGGUGGAGCACUGGAGUACCAAAGAGUUUGUAAUAAGUUGGCAUCUAUAAAUACUGUAAUGGAAAAGGAGAGUGAUCACCUGAAGAUGGCUGUUGCCAAGAUUGAGGCUCAUCGGACUAAUGUACUUUUAGUUGAGAAAAGUGUAUCUUCUUAUGCACAGGAGUAUCUUUUGGCUAAGGAAAUAUCGUUAGUGUUGAAUGUUAAGAGGUCAAUUUUGGAGAGAAUAUCUCGUUGUACUGGUGCUCAGCUAGUUCCAUCAAUUGAUUAUGUUGCUUCAGCACAAUUGGGACAAUGUGAGGUAUUUCGAGUUGAGAAGGUUGUUGAAGAAUGUGCAUUAGGUAUUCAUCCAAGCAAAAGAUCUGUGAAGACAUUGAUGUAUUUUGAAGGCUGUCCUAGGCGUUUGGGCUGUACGAUUAUUCUAAGAGGCGCUUGUCUGGAGGAACUGAAAAAUGUUAAGCGUGUUAUUUCAUUGGCAAUCUUUGCAGCCUAUCAUCUAUCGCUUGAGACCUCAUUUCUUGCAGAUGAGGGUGCCACACUUCCUAAACUUCCCAUCAAGGUUCCUUGCUCUAUUUCAGAGGAUAUAAUGAAUGCUGAUGCUGCUGCAACUAAGGCCUCAAGGUCAGCUGGGUCCAGCAUAACACAACCAGAUGCUGAAAAACAUGAAAAAAUUGUUAUAUAUAGCAAGAAUGGCAUGCAAAGCCCAUUUUUGUGCUCAGAUGUUUCAUAUAAAGAUGAGUGCAUCCUCAACAUUGCUGCUGAGCAAAAUGAUCAUAGUUGUUCACUUAACCAUAAGUUCUCUGGUAAUAUUCUAGUUGAGAAUGAGAGCACUCGAAGUGGAGGCCUAUGUAAAGAACCUAGCAGUCAUAAUUUAAUAGUAGGAGAUGAUAGUCCAGUAAGAGAUAAAAGUAGUAUAUCUACUUAUAAGCACUUGAUAGCUGCUGAACAUUCCGACAGAAAUGAUAACCUUGAGGUUACUGAAGAGUACUUUUCUACAGCUGACAGCCAGAGCAUCUUAGUUUCUUUAUCAAGUACAUGCAUUCCUAAAGGAACAGUGUGCGAACGCUCUCAACUCUUCCGUAUCAAGUUCUAUGGUAGUUUUGAUAAACCAUUAGGAAGGUAUCUCCAUGAGGAUUUGUUUAAUCAGACUUCCAGCUGUGGCUCUUGCAAUGAACCAGCUGAGGCUCAUAUUCGUUGUUAUACUCACCAGCAAGGGAGCCUCACAAUAAGUGUUAAGCGACUGACUUCAAUGAAGUUGCCUGGUGAACGAGAUGGAAAGAUAUGGAUGUGGCACAGGUGUCUCAAGUGUGAACGCAGAGAUGAAAUCCCACCUUCCACACAUAGGGUAGUCCUGUCUGAUGCGGCUUGGGGUCUAUCUUUUGGGAAAUUUUUGGAGCUUAGCUUUUCAAACCAUGCAACUGCAAACCGUUUGGCAAGUUGUGGUCAUUCUCUGCAAAAAGAUUGCCUUCGCUUCUAUGGGUUUGGCAAUAUGGUUGCUUUCUUUCGCUAUUCACAUGUAGACAUUCUUUCUGUUUACUUGCCACCUCUGGUGCUUGAUUUUUCUGGUCACACUAUGCAAGAAUGGCUGAGAGGCGAGGCAAAUCUGAUACUUUCAAGUUUGGACUCCUUGCAUUUGGAGGUUUUUAAUGCCCUUGAGAAAAUUGAGCUGAAGAUUUCAAGAUGUGAUAGUGAGCCCAUAAAAGAAAUUUUACACAAGCAUAUUUUAGAGCUGAAGGAUGUCCUGCAAAUAGAUAGAACUGAGUUUGAUGUCUUUCUCAAACCAGCAUCUGUGGAGAAUGAUCAGAUUUCUCCAGGGUUUCUUGAUAUCUUAGAACUAAAUCGGUUGAAACUCAGACUCUUAAUUGACUCUGUAAUGUGGGAUCGUCGUCUCUGUCUCCUAGACUCGUUUUCCAAUUCUAAAACUUCUAAUGCAAAGGUGCGUCCCCAAGUUCCGGAAGAAUUUGUUCGUUGCAUCAAGACAGAACUCAUGAGUGAACCUGUUUGUAAGGGGGGACUGUUAGGUUCAUCAGUGGAAUGCAAUGCGAGGUCACUCAUCUUCUCAGAGAACUGCUGUACAAAGCAACAUGAAGAGUUCAGCAUGCAGAUUUUGGAAUGCAAUACAAGUAACUUGGUUGAGAUGGACUUGUCAGUUGAGACCGUUGAAGGCUAUGUUGGUGCUGCAGGUUUCAAUUUGAUCUCUGGUCAAUGUUAUAGAGGGGAUGUAGAACAAAGAGGCUAUGAUCGAUGUAGCGAUACAUUUUGUUCCAAGUGUUUAAAGCCACCUGCAUCUAACCUGUCUGAUAGAAUUGAUUUAGCAUGGACUGGCUCAAGCCAAUCACUUAAUGAUCAGCUUCCCAGCAAUGAAAAAGCUGACUUGGUUGGACAAAUUAGUCAGAUGAACAGUCUGCACUACAAUAAGUUGAUGUCUCCAGUUAGGGUCAAUUCUUUUGAUUCUGCUUUGAGAUUGCGGAACAGACUCCAUCGAGGAUUAUCUCCUCUUUCAUUGCAUUUGCCUUCAGUCAAAUCUUUUGAUGGCUCCAGAGCUUCUAGUGGCAUGGUUUCAAUCCCAAGCACUCAUCAGGGAUUUAUCCGAAGAUCUCCUUCAUCUAUCAAGAGAUUGAAUUUUCUUUCCAAUCAUAAACCUGUCUUUAUCUCAUCAGUUUCUCGAAUAGCAGGUGAAGUGGCUCGAUUGCUAGUACCUCAAGUAGGCCAGAUUGAUAUAGUAAUUGCACUUUAUGACAAUGAGCCAACAAGCAUUAUAUCCUAUGUAAUUAGUUCGCAAGAACAUGCCAAUUUCACAAGCUGUAAACCUGUACAUUAUGAGAUAAGCUCUGAGGACUACAAGAUAAAUGCUGGUUUUGCUAGCUCAUCAGUUUCUCAGUUUCAAGCUGAUGGUACCCAGCCUUGGAACUAUGGAUUAGAUGAAUCUAAGUCACUUCAUGGGAGUAGAAUUACAGAUCCCAAAAAUCUUCAUUUUAAAUUUUCUUUCGAUGAUGACUAUUCAAUAAAAGGCAAUGGAGUAAAAUUCUCUGUUACAUGCUAUUUUGCAAAGCAAUUUGAUGCACUAAGGAAGAAAUGCUGUCCAAAUGAUCUGGAUUUUAUUCGUUCUCUGAGCCGCUGCAAGAAAUGGAAUGCACAAGGUGGGAAAAGUAAUGUGUAUUUUGCGAAGUCACUGGAUGAGAGAUUCAUCAUUAAACAAGUAACAAGAACAGAGUUGGAUUCUUUUGAAGACUUUGCUCCGCAGUACUUCAACUAUUUGACAGAGUAUAUCAAUUCUGGAAGUCCCACGUGCCUUGCAAAAGUCCUUGGCAUUUAUCAGGUGACUGUUAAGCACUUAAAAGGUGGAAAGGAAGUGAAGAUGGACUUGAUGGUGAUGGAGAACCUCUUUUAUGGAAGGAAUGUAUCAAGAGUUUAUGACCUUAAGGGUUCGUUACGUGCCCGCUACAAUCCCGAUUCUUCCGGGACCAACAAAGUUUUGAUGGAUUUGAAUCUGUUGGAGACAUUACGCACAAAGCCAAUUUUUCUGAGCAGCAAGGCAAAAAGAAAGUUGGAAAGAGCCAUAUGGAAUGAUACAUCAUUUCUUGCGUCCAUUGAUGUGAUGGAUUACUCAUUGCUAGUUGGUGUUGAUGAGGGGAAAAAAGAUCUGGUUAUUGGAAUCAUAGACUACAUGAGGCAAUAUACUUGGGACAAACACCUGGAAACAUGGGUAAAGGCUACAGGAAUCCUUGGAGGCUCAAAGAACGAAUCCCCAACUGUUGUAUCUCCAUCGCAGUAUAAGAAAAGGUUCAGAAAAGCCAUGUCAAAGUAUUUUCUCACUGUCCCAGAUCAAUGGUCUUCAUGAUCCACUCAAAUCUGCUAUCAAAUCAUCAGAGCUUGGAGGCUCCAGAGAAAGGAUAUAUUACUGGUAAAUACAGAGAAAAGAAAGGCAGAUAUUUUCAUUUGUACUCAUCAUCAUCAUCAUCUUCUUCUUCACAUAUCAUUACCUUUUCUUUUAUCUUUUUUGUAUCCUUCUUCCAGUUAGUUGAUUACCUAUACAUUGUGAAUGUAUUAGGUCCUUCAUUUUUUGUUGUUUCUUAUUUCUCCAUGGAGGCUGUACAAUGUUUAUUCAAACUGCUCAAUUGUGAUAUGAAAGCAAUAUUUCAAUCAAGUUGGGUGUUUUGUUCAUGAAAAA